AUGUCUUCGGGUCCUGCUCAUAGAGUGCAGUCAGCGGUAGUAGAAUAUGGAUUUCCCCAAGGUCAUCUUGGUCAUCUUACAACAGAGGAAGAAGCUGCUUUGAACAACUUCAAAGUAUUAUGCACUGAGAAGGGUUUGUACAAGCCUGGAAAUGGAAUUGAUCAACCGGCAACACACGAAGAUGCUACACUUCUUACCCACAAUGGACAGGGCGACGCGACCGACGUGGUAUCCCUGUCAUAUGAGAAGUCCGCUGUUGAUACACAUACAAAAUCCAAGCAAGAUGGCAAGACCUCUGGGAAGUUACUACGGUUAUUCGCUUUAUAUGAAAACCUUACGCGAUUUGUUAUGCCUUUAUGCACAGUUCUCACAGACAGAGAUAAUCCUCGAACGCCUAUAACACAAAGUAAUAACAUUGUCGACAUAUCUGGAGUUGGGUUAAAACAAUUUUGGAAUCUGAGAACGCAUAUGCAAGAUGCAAGUACUUUGGCUACAGCACAUUACCCAGAGACUCUUGAUCGCAUUUUUAUCAUUGGUGCUCCUAGUUUCUUUCCAACUGUUUGGGGUUGGGUUAAAAAAUGGUUCGAUCCGAUAACAACUUCCAAAAUCUUCAUUAUCAGUCACAACGAUGUAAAGUCGACAUUAGAAUCUUUUAUCGAGCCUAGAAACAUUCCCAAAAAGUAUGGCGGCGAGUUAGAAUUUGAGUUUGGGGAUAUGCCUACCUUGGAUCCAGCUUUAGAAGCAGUUGCUACCUGGAAUGGAACUGGCACUCCAGCAUAUCCGGGCGGACCUCUGUACUGGGUAAAUACGAAAGAUCAAGAGUCAAUUCAAGCAAUUGCAGUUGGAAGUAUUGAAAAGAAGCAGAGGAGAGAAGAAGUAUGCAAAGUCAAAAAGACUAUCAAGGAUAGCGACAACAUGGGAACAAUCGCAACAGAUGCCACCACAGAAAAUGCAUUACCUAUUCAUCCAGAAUUACUCGAAGUACCCACAGCAGCUCCCUCAAUCAUGACGACAACUUCCGCAACUGAUUCCCCUUUGAAUCAGGAAAUUCCCAAAGAAGAACCUGUAAUUCAAAACGGUGACUCAGUGUCCAGCACAAGACCAGAAUUAGAAACAUUUCACACGGCUCAAGAUGGAUUAAACAAUUUAUCAAUAACUGAUCCAACAGAAAAGGUUAUCACAAACGGAACAACAGAACCAGAGAAAACAACGACGACAAACCAAUUAAAUCCAAACCCCAACUUGGAUGGAGCAGGUGAACUAUCAAAAGCUCCAACUCAGCAAGAAAGUAUACAUGAUGAGGUUCCGGAACUUCCUACUUCUCCUGUCACUGCAUCGUUAGUUGGUGCCUCGGAUACAUCGAGUUUACCGACUGGAAGUGAGAAGGUGGAGGAGAAAAAGGAUAAGAGGAAGAGUUUAUUAGGGGGUUUGAAGGGAAAGUUAACGGGUCAUUGA